CAACCCUAUAGGACAUAAUUCAGUAAUUACCUUUAUUUACCAAAGAUCAGAGUUGAAAAAAAUACUGAAUAUUGAGUGACCGAUAUUUUUUUAUUGAAAAUCAUUUUUCAACAGUUCCAGAGAGUGCUUGAAGCUGGUGUGAAGACAGUAUGAGACCUCAACGAACACCAGCAAAAACUCCAAGGAGAGGAACUCCUAGAUCAGGAGGUCAAAUGGAUCCAGUUGAGGUCUGCUGCAGAGUUCGAACACUUCCCGCUGACGCAGAAGAAAGUUGUAUUGAAAUUAAAGAUGAUAAAGCUUUACGGAUGUCAGCUACUGAUGGAAGAGCUAUUGAAUGCCAAUUUUCAAGGAUUUUUGGUGAAAACAUAGGACAAGAUGGAGUAUUUAAUGUUGUUGCCAAACCAAUGGUUGAUGGGAUGCUAAAGGGGAAAAAUGGCCUUUUGUUCACAUAUGGAGUUACCAGCUCAGGAAAGACAUACACUAUGACAGGGACAGUCGAUAACCCUGGCUUUUUACCAAGAAGCUUGGACAUGCUCUUCAAUUCAUUGGAGGGAGUGCUUGCAACAAAAUAUUCGUUCAUCCCUGAUAACAUGAAUGGUUUCUCCGUACAAUCUGAAGCCGAUGCAAUGCUGGAAAAACAAGAAAGAGAAAUUUUACCAAGGACAACAACACCCAUGAAAACACCAAAUAAGAGCAGAAAUCGUCCCGACGUUCGAUACGAGAUAGAUUAUUGCAGAUCAGAACAUGUGAAUUCAGACAUGAGAUAUGCUGUUUUCAUUUCCUAUGUUGAAAUAUAUAAUGAUUAUGUUUAUGAUUUAUUGGAAGAUAUACAAUAUGAUCCGUUCAGUAGACCAAAACCUCCGCAAUCCAAAAGACUCCGAGAAGACAAAAAGCACAAUAUGUUCGUUUAUGGAGUAACAGAAGUUGAAAUAACAACAACAGAAGAAGCUUUCAGUGUUUUUAAAAGAGGUCAAGAAAGGCGACGAAUCGCACACACGCAACUUAAUGCGGAGUCAAGUCGUUCUCACAGUAUUUUUAACAUAAGACUUGUUCAAGCACCAUUAGAUCCUCUCGGAGAAGAUCUGUUACAGGACAAAAGUUUGAUAUGCGUCAGCCAAUUAUCAUUGGUCGAUCUAGCAGGAAGUGAACGACUUGCUCGUACUGGUGCUGGAGGAGAGAGAUUGAGAGAGGCUGGAAAUAUUAAUAGUUCUCUGAUGACUUUGAGAAGAUGUCUUGAGCAGCUUAGGGAAAAUCAGAGAACUAAUGGUCAAGAAAUGGUGAUAUACAGAAAUUCUAAAGUCACACAUUUGUUCAAAAUGUAUUUUGAAGGAAGAGGACAAGUCAAAAUGGUUGUCUGUGUAAACCCAAACAUUAGGGAAUACGAUGAGAAUGUGCAUGUUAUGCAGUUCGCUGAAAUGGCUCAACAAGUUGAAGUCGUUCGAGCAGAGGAAUUCCACCUCGACAGAGAAAGUAUCAGAAAGAAAGCUGAAGAAGCGAAGAAAAAGGCAGAGGAAGAAAGACGAAGAGAGAUGACGGCUGCUAGGAAAUUAAACAAUGAACUUGCAGGCAAUGCAUUAUAUCAACGUGGAAAAAAGAAAUGUCGACGCAACCUUUCAGUAACUUCACAGUCAAGCGACACUACGGAUAUCACAGAGCCAGAGACUACCCCUCUCUGGAUAGCCCCCGAUUUUAGCCUCGGACCACCGUUUCCAAACUUGGGAGUUGUUGACCUUGCUGAUGAAAAUACCAUUCCAGAUUUGAUGUCGUUUCUGGAGGCGAGAAUUCAUAGAAAAGAAGAAGUUUUGAAGUCAAUUACUAAAAUGGAAACCCAACUAAGGAUGAAUGUUGUUAACAAUACGGAACACGAUACAGCGUUACAGAAUAAAUUAGAAGAAUGUCAUAACGCGUUGAGUGAAAAAACAAAAGAUGUUUCAAGAAUGGAAAAACAAAUUAAAAAACUUGAAGCAAAGAAUCAAGUACUCAUGAAGACGACACAAGUUUUUGAACACGACAAGAAAACGCUGAAUGAACAUUUGGCAGAAACUAACCUUCAACUAAAGGAAAGUCAACUUGACAAUAGAAAAUUAGAAAGUCGGAUGAGAGGGGCAAUCGCCAAUCAAAAGUCACAGUAUGAGAAACAAGUUGAAAGAAGAGUUCGAAAUGUACAAACUGAAAUGCAAGAGAAGAUGUGGGUCAAGGAGGAGAGAUUACGACAAUUGAAAAGUAUUAUUGCGGAAGGUAGAGAAGGACGUUCUAUGACGAGGAAAGCUCCAAUGUCUACUUCAUCGCUUGCAACAUCGGAAUCCAGUGGAUCUAGUCGAAGCCAAAAACUAGCUCAUAAAAGACGUUCACGUUCCGCAGAUAACCUUCUCGCAGGAGCCAGCAAUAAUAAAACACCUUUGAACAAGAGUCGCAGAAUAUCAACUUCUGAUCAGGAUCUCCGAAAGACCAGCAGACCUCCGAAAAAAUCUGUUUCUUCAAGCAUAGUCAGUGAUUCAAGUAAUUCAGAAUCUCCAAGAAAAGAAUAUAAAACCAAUCGCGGUGAUCAAUUAGAAGAAGGUGGCGAUGGUUGGCGACAUAUUUCAACGCCAGAAAAGUUGAGACACAGCAGAUCAUGUGGUCGUCAUUCUUGUGGUGACGCUGCACAUAGCGAUUCUGAUUUUGAUAGUUUACUUCUGGAACAAGAGAAUCCGUAUCUUCUUGGAUGUCGUUUUGUCAAUAAGUCAGAUGAAGAUAGAUUGAGAAUGAGGCCCGCUCUCCCAGUUGCACAAAAGCAUACUCGAGGAAAAUCUUUUGGAAAUAACAACUGGUUAGCCCAUCAACCUUCAUCUACAUUGAAUACAGGUACUAUCAUGCAACCAUGCAUUAAACCAGGAAAAAUAGUUCACAUACCUUCACCUAAAGAUAUCAAAAAUGCUGACAAAUAUUUGCUGACUCAUCAAAAAGAAGAUAAACAGGGGGAAAUCGAAACUCAACUGAUCAAGGGCGAAGUAAUUCAGACUCGUUCCGGGGGACAGCAAGUGCAAUUUGUUGAUAUUGAGACUCUAAAACAACGAGAUCCACAAAAAAACAACAAAAAAGAUUCAUCUGCAAGGAAACGAAAAUCAGAUGGUGAGGAUGGAAACUCAUCUGAUGAUCAGUCUAGUUGGACUGAUGUUGAAACGAGAUGUUCAACUGCCAUUGAAAAUAGAAUGGGAUCUGGAGCAGGACCUGUUAUAUACAAUCAUCCCAAGCGAAGAAAAUAAUUGAAAUGUGUCUGCGAUGCUAAGAAAUAGAGUAAAGAAAUGGACGAUCAUAAUAUUCAACGCAUUUUGUUUAUAACAUGGUCGUGAGACAUUAUAAAAAUUUCACUGCCGACUUGUAUUUUACAUAUUCACUCCUUAGCAAUGAAAACUGUUAGCUAGAUUUCGUGCCUGCAUGAUUAUUCAAAAUAGCAAGAGAAUAUUUAUAUAAGCUAUUUUCCAUGACAUUGCAUACUUUUGUAAUAUAAGUUGAAGCAUAUAACAAUCGACCAGUUUUCUUUGGCCAACCUUUGGCCAACCAACCUUGAUGCUCAUGUUCUUCAUAACAAAAACUAAUCUAAUGUAUAAUCUGCAAACGAUCUUUUCAUUGUUACUUGUUUGUAUUUCACUUUAACGACAUUGUAUAAGAUUACAAUAUAAUGAAUUAUUUUGCUGUGCUCCUAUAUUUGACCAGGUUUGUCCCAUGAUAAGCGCUGAGUUUUUUCAGUGUUGGCAUUGAUAUGUUGAUUAUAUACUAGGAUAUUUUAUACCAUAAUCCUGGUUGACAAUAAUUUUGAAUUCAAUGUAGUCAACGAAGAAUUGCCCUAUAUUUUUUCUAUGUUGAUAUCAAGGCUGUGGAAGCUGCUAAAAUCCAUAUUGCUCAAAACUCAUAAAAAUCUAAUUUUAACAGUAACAGAAACUCUGGUGUAUGCAAACGUGCUUUUGUAGGCUGGUACAAACGGUAAAAUUUCGAUGUAAUUAUCACCAUUGAAAAUAUCAAAUUCUGACGAUAGGGAAUUCAACAUUUCGACUCCAUUCAAAACAUGCUUAUUUCCUUAAUAUUAGAUUAGCUCUGUUUGAAGUAGCUCACACAGACUAAUUUUUAUGAUAAUGAAUGUUCAAUUUAUGGAUUCAAGUCUAUAAGAGGGUAUUUGUACUAGAAGUAGAAUAUAAUUACAAAAGCAAUUUGAUUGCUUACAUUUUAGAUGGCUGGUGAAUAGUGCGUUUUCUGCUAGAACACUGCAUACAAACAGUUAUUUGUGUAUAUCUCAUUGCAUUUUCUAAAUAUUUUUCUGUUACUUGUUAACUGCUAAUAUUACUUGUUUUUCUUCCAUGUAUAGAUUUCUUAUUUGUUGUAACAAAAACUGCUAAGCUUUAAUCCUACACUGACCAAUGUUUUUAUUAUAACCUAAAUGCUUUUAUAGAAGUGUAAUGUGAUGGUUGGGAUUUUUUUUCUGUGUAGAUUAAUUCAGUGUCUGGUGGAGCAUAGUACCACACUUGAAUCCUUUUGGCAGAAUGAUCAUUAUCUAACCGUAUUGUGAUAAUUCUGUCAGGUAUCCUAUUUGCAGAAUCAUACCAGUCUAACUUGACAAUACCAUUCAUUUAUAUUGCUCUUCUACAGAAUAUUUCCAACCGAACUAGAGUGUGGGUGAUUCUGUAAGCUUAGUUAUUUUUUUGAAUUUAAAAUUUAAUAGGAAUGUUGUUGUACUAUGCCACAACAGAUUUAUUAUUGGUUGUUGAUAUAUUCAUAUCAAAUGUAACACUUAGCGUUUUAGUCAAUUUGUAAGAAAAUUCACAUCACAAUCACAUGUUGUUGAUCAAAUAAAUAAACAAGAAUUCUGUCUAUUUGCAA